AACACCACACCUACGUUGGGCUUGUCUCAGCAGCUCAAACUCCCGAGUUGUAGAGCACCGGGUGGCUUCUAUGGGUGGGCCAGGCUCUGUUCACAAUCUGUUUUAGCUGUGAACAUUGGCCACAUUCAGGAAUCUAAACCAAUCCGCAAAGCACCUGCCUUUGCCGGGGAUCCUCAUGCCCCCAAAAGUUCGACUAAGGGACUCAGAGCAACAAAGCAAAUGCUGGCUUCCGAUUAACUGUUAGUGAACUUUAGCUAGCAAAAUGUUCAGAAGUGGGAAGAGACAACUUUGGAAACAAAGCAUUGGCAGAGUUUUGAAGCAAAAGCUGAAGGAGGAAAAAGAGGCGAAGCGUGCUCACCUGGACGGCAGGCAUGAUUAUAUCCUGUCGAUUGUUGCUUCCUGCGUGGAUUUAGAGAAGGCUGAAGUGGAAGAUGCAAUCCUCGAAGGAAAUCAGAUAGAGCGUAUUGAUAAAUUCUUCAUUGCUGGUGGCUUUCGUCACGUCAUGUUCUACUAUCAAGAGAUGGAAUCAUCGGAAACAGGACAUGGAGGCUCUACGGCAGCUAUCCCUCAGUCGGCUAAAAGCAAAAGGCCUAAAUUAUUUGUGACGGAAGGCAAGGAUGUUGCUUUAACUGGCAUAUGCGUUUUCUUCAUCAGAACUAACCCAUCCAAACCAAUCACUGUGGAAAAUAUUAAUCGUGAAGUGGCUUUCAAUAUGAUGGAUACAACUCACGGGGGUUUGCUGAACAGUGUACAGCAGUUGCUGUCUGAUAUCUUCAUCCCAGCUCUGAAGACAAUGAACUACGGCUGGGGAGAGUCGAGUGGACCACAGAAAGGGGCUAACAUCAAGCAGGACUUCAUUGCUUCUCUAGAGGGAUUUGUUAGUGUCCUUUCGGGGGCUCAGCAGAGCCUGAUGGAGAAGGUGAAUCUGAAGAAGUGUGAAACCUAUGAUCUGAAAACCCUCAAGGGACCUGCAGACUACCUGGUGGCAUCGAAUAGUACGGAGACUCUGGAACGGAUAGAGGCCUGCAUGAAAGUGUGGAUUAAGCAAAUUGAACAGGUCAUUGCGGAAAAUAGCCAACUGCGGAAGGAAGCAGAUGAUCUGGGGCCACGAGCAGAAUUGGAUCACUGGAAGAAACGACUGUCCAAGUUUAAUUACCUGGUGGACCAGCUGAAGACCCCAGAUGUAAAGGCUGUGCUCGGAGUGCUUACAGCUGCUAAAUCAAAACUUCUGAAGAGUUGGCGAGAGCUGGACACUCAGAUCACGGACGCAGCAAAUGAAGCCAAAGAUAAUGUGAAGUAUCUGUAUACGCUUGAGAAAUGUUGUGACCCUCUGUACAACAGUGAUCCUGUGACGAUGGUAGAUGCUAUUCCAGGACUCAUACAUGCUAUCAAAAUGAUCCACAGUAUCUCACGCUAUUAUAACACCUCGGAGAAGAUAACGUCUUUGUUUGUGAAAGUUACAAAUCAAAUGAUAACUGCUUGCAAGGCUUAUAUCACCAAUAAUAACACCGCAACCAUCUGGGAUCAGCCACAAGAUGUAGUUCUGGAAAAAAUACAGGCCGCUAUACGACUUAAGCAGGAGUACCAGAACUGUUUCCACAAGACCAAACAAAAACUGGAACAGAGUCCAUCCGAGCGUCAGUUUGAUUUCAGUGAGAUGUAUAUCUUUGGAAAAUUUGAAACCUUUCACCGCCGCCUACUUAAGAUUAUGCACAUUUUCGAUACCAUCACAACCUACUCAGUUUUGCAAGACUCCAAGAUGGAAGGACUAGAAGUGAUGGCCACUAAAUAUCAGAGUAUUAUUGCCACCAUGAAGAAGAAGCAGUACAACUUUUUAGAUCAGAGGAAAACUGAUUUUGAUCAAGACUAUGAAGAGUUCUGCAAGCAAACAGACGAUCUUCAUCAACAAUUACAGUCAUUUAUGGAUAUUACCUUUGAAAAGAUUACAAACACCGAAAGAGCCCUUAGUAUGCUGUCAAAGUUCGAAAGACUAGGAAUUCCUAACCUGGGGAUUGAUGAGAAAUACAAGAUAAUCCUUCAAAACUAUGGUCACGACAUUGAGAUGGUCUCUAAGCUGUACUCCAAGCAGAAGAACGACCCACCACUGGGGCGCAACCUUCCUCCCAUGGCUGGUAAGAUCUUGUGGGCUCGGCAGCUGUUCCACAGGAUCCAGGAACCCAUGGAUCUCUUCCAGAAGCACCCCCUCGUUCUGCAGACAGCAGAAGCCAAGUCCAUAAUCCGCAACUACAACAGGGUGGCCAAAGUCCUUCUGGAGUUUGAGGUUGUCUACCACAGGGGGUGGCUUCAACAGGUCCACCUAACUAGAGCCGGGCUUCAGGCCUCAUUAUUGGUGAAAGCUCCAGAGCCAGGAGAAAUAUUUGUUAAUUUUGACCCAGAGAUUCUCACCUUAAUAAGGGAAACAGAGUGCAUGUCACGCAUGGGACUAGACAUUCCACCCUUUGCUGUUGCACUUCAACAGAAACGUGACUCUUACAAACAGAACUUCAAUAAGCUGCAGAUGAUGCUGGCAGAGUACAAGAGAGUGAAAUCAAAAAUCCAAACUCCCCUUCAUGUGCUAAUGGCUCCUCAUUUGGCAAAAGUGGAUGAUGCUAUCCAGCCUGGUUUGACCACACUGACCUGGACAUCCCUGAAUAUCGAGAAGUACUUACAGAGUAUUUUGGAUAAGCUUGCUGACCUUGAGUUGCUGCUUGAUCGAGUAAAUGACCUAAUAGAAUUUCGUAUCAAUGCUGUUCUCCAAGAAAUGAGCACUGUGCCCCUUUGCAAUCUCCCUGAAGACGAUCCGCUGACCUGCGAGCAAUUCCUUCACAUGACAAAGGAACUCUGUACGAAGGGAGCAUGCACUUUGCACCUGAAAAGCUCGUUGGUGGAGGAAGCAACAAACGAGCUUAUCAACAUGUUACUGGACACGGAGGGGCAAAACAGAGGGGAUUCUGGCAAUAAGAUUCUGAGUGGAAGCAGCAAUGAGGAAAUGCAUGAAGGAGUGGCGGAGGACGGGCCAUCGGACCCCUUAGCAUCCUCGCAUACAGCUAGCCAGAUGUCAGCAGGCUUGUCUUCCCCCUUGACCAAGAAAAAGAAGAGGGAAAUGGAAAUGCUAGAGGAAGAAGCCCAAGAGCUGCUGUCCCAUUUCAACCACCGCAACGUGGAUGCUCUUCUGAAAGUUACUCGCAACACCCUGGAGGCCAUGCGGAGGCGCAUCCAAGCCUCUUCUAUGUUCAGCUUCUUAGAUAAGGAGAGUGUCUCCAAGCAGAGACAGAGUGCUCAGCCCAUCUUUAAGGCUAGUGUUAUCCUUUCCAUUCCAAAUUUUGCUAUGAUGCCCGCACUUGAGGAAGUACAGCAAGCACUCAACAAGGCUGUGGACUUCAUUGUAAGCGUCAUGAAAGGAGUUGGCCAGUGGAGCAAGGAGAGGCUAUCUAAGCAAAAGAUGCUAGAAAGUAAAAUGGCUGCUUUGCGAAAUGAAGGAGACAGCGAUUCUGAGACUGAAAUGAGACAAACUGAAGUUGGAAAUCUCCUUGACACUGCUUCAGAUACAGCCUCUCUGAUCUUGCCUUCUCCUGUCCAAAACAAGAACUACUACAAAAGCAUUUCAGAGAAUAAGGAAAUAAUUAAGCUGAUGUCCGUUCUUAGCACAUCUAUCAAUUCCACCAAAAGGGAAGUCCUUGCAGCCUUGGAGCGCUUCAGAUGUUACCAUCACAUCUGGCAGAGAGAGAAAGAGGAAACCAUUGAAAACUUCAUCAAAGGAAGCCCUUUGCUCUCUGAAUUUGAAUCCCAAAUUCUAUAUUACAGAGACUUAGAACUCGAAAUUAACUCUGAGCCUGAAUACAUAUGCGUGGGAACAGUUGCGCUAUUUACUGCGGAUCUGAAAUUGGCCCUAACAACAGAAACCAAGGCUUGGAUGGUUGCGUUUGGACGUCACUGUAACAAGAAGUACAGGACAGAGAUGGAAAACAUAUUUACCUUUGUAGAGGAAAUAAUCAAGAAACUGAACCGUCCGAUUAAAGACUUGGAUGACAUAAGGAUAGCAAUGGCUGCCUUAAAGGAGAUCCGAGAGCAACAGAUCCCCAUAGACUUCCAAGUGGGACCAAUUGAGGAGUCCUAUGCAAUGUUAAACAAGUAUGAGCUCUUGGUGGCAAAGGAAGAGAUGGAAAAGGUGGACACGUUGCGUUAUACCUGGGAGAAAGCGCUGGUUCGAGGGAAUGAAGUGCAGAAUGAAUUAGUAGCAUUGCAACCCAAAUUCAGAGGGGAGCUCAUAAGCACGGUGGAGAUAUUUGUGGAAGACUGUGAUCAGUACUACUUGGAUUAUGAGAAGAAUGGUCCCAUGGUGACUGGUAUUGAACCGCAGGAAGCUAGUGACAGACUCAUCAUGUUCCAGAACCGAUUUGACAACCUUUAUCGGAAAUACGUCACCUACACUGGGGGCGAAGAGCUUUUUGGUUUGCCCGUGACGCCGUACCCUCAGCUUCUGGAAAUCAAGAAGCAGCUGAACUUGUUGCAGAAGCUUUAUAGCCUGUACAACAAUAUCAUCGAAACAGUAAACGGCUAUUAUGAUAUCCUCUGGUCAGAAGUGAACAUUGAGAAGAUUAAUAACGAACUCCUUGAGUUUCAGAACAGGUGCCGCAAGCUGCCUCGAGCUUUGAAGGAGUGGCAAGCAUUUCUGGACCUUAAGAAAACAAUUGACGACUUCAGUGAAUGUUGCCCUUUGCUCGAUCUGAUGUCUAAUAAAGCCAUGAUGGCGCGCCACUGGAAGCGCAUCACCGAUCUCACUGAUCACAGUUUCGAUGUUGAAAAUGAGUCGUUCAAACUGAGAAACAUCAUGGAAGCACCUUUGUUGAAAUAUAAAGAGGAAAUUGAGGAUAUCUGCAUCAGUGCAGUAAAGGAGAGAGACAUUGAACAGAAGCUGAAACAAGUGAUUGCAGAGUGGGACAACAAAACAUUUACUUUUGCUAACUUUAAAACUCGCGGGGAGCUGCUCUUGAGGGGAGAUAGCACUUCCGAAACCAUUGCAAGCAUGGAGGACAGCUUGAUGAUUUUGGGUUCCCUAAUGAGCAACAGGUACAACACACCGUUCAAAGCUCAAAUACAAAAGUGGGUACAGUACCUCUCUAACACUACCGAUAUAAUUGAGAAUUGGAUGACAGUGCAGAAUUUGUGGAUCUAUUUAGAGGCUGUCUUUGUAGGUGGAGACAUUGCCAAACAGCUUCCAAAGGAAGCAAAGCGUUUCUCCAACAUUGACAAAUCGUGGGUGAAGAUCAUGACGCGAGCUCACGAAAUGCCCAAUGUGGUUCAGUGCUGUGUUGGAGAUGAAACCAUGGGACAGCUCCUGCCUCAUUUGUUGGAUCAGCUGGAAAUCUGUCAAAAGUCUCUUACAGGGUACCUGGAGAAAAAGCGGCUUUCAUUUCCCCGUUUCUUCUUUGUGUCAGACCCUGCCCUGCUGGAAAUCCUGGGCCAGGCUUCGGAUUCUCACACAAUACAGGCCCACUUGCUCAAUGUCUUUGAUAACAUCAAGUCUGUGAAAUUUCAUGAAAAGGUGUAUGAUCGGAUCCUUUCAAUUUCCUCUCGGGAAGGUGAGACAAUUGAGCUGGAAAAGCCCGUCAUGGCAGAAGGUAAUGUGGAGGUUUGGCUCAAUUCCCUCUUAAAGGAAUCCCAGGGCUCUUUACAUCUCGUGAUUCGGCAGGCAGCUGCAAGCAUCCAGGAACCGGACUUCCAACUAAUUGACUUUCUUUCUUCCUAUCCCGCCCAGGUUGGGCUGUUGGGAAUUCAAAUGAUCUGGACCAGAGAUGCUGAAGAAGCUUUGACCAACGCAAAGUACGACAAGAAAAUAAUGCCAAAAACGAACCAGUUUUUCCUGGACCUCUUGAAUACUCUGAUAGACAUGACGACAAAGGACCUGAGCCCCAUAGAACGCAUCAAAUAUGAGACACUGAUCACAAUUCAUGUGCACCAACGGGAUAUAUUUGAUGAUCUGUGCCGUAUGCAUAUCAAGAAUCCCACAGACUUUGAGUGGCUGAAGCAAUGCAGAUUUUAUUUCAAUGAGGAUGCGGACAAGAUGAUGAUUAACAUCACGGAUGUGGCCUUCACGUAUCAGAAUGAAUUUCUGGGCUGCACAGACAGGCUUGUCAUCACCCCUCUCACAGACAGGUGUUACAUCACGUUGGCGCAAGCCUUAGGUAUGAGCAUGGGGGGAGCGCCAGCAGGUCCCGCAGGAACUGGCAAAACAGAAACAACGAAAGACAUGGGGAGAUGCCUUGGGAAAUACGUUGUGGUCUUCAAUUGCUCUGAUCAGAUGGAUUUUCGAGGACUGGGAAGAAUCUUUAAAGGUCUUGCUCAGUCUGGAUCCUGGGGUUGCUUUGACGAGUUUAACCGCAUUGACUUACCGGUGUUGUCCGUCGCCGCACAGCAAAUUGCAAUUGUUCUGACAUGCAAGAAGGAGCGCAAGAAGAGCUUCAUUUUUACAGAUGGCGAUAGCGUGGAAAUGAAUCCCGAAUUUGGACUCUUUUUGACAAUGAACCCAGGGUAUGCGGGCCGCCAAGAGCUGCCUGAAAACCUGAAGAUCAACUUCCGUUCGGUGGCAAUGAUGGUUCCGGACCGGCAGAUCAUCAUCCGUGUCAAGCUAGCUAGCUGCGGCUUCAUUGAUAACAUUGUGCUUGCGAGGAAGUUCUUUACCCUGUACAAGCUCUGCGAGGAACAAUUAUCUAAGCAGGUACAUUAUGACUUUGGACUGAGGAAUAUAUUGUCAGUGUUGCGGACCUUGGGAGCUGCCAAAAGGUCCAACCCGGAUGACACGGAAUCCACAAUUGUCAUGCGUGUGUUGAGAGACAUGAAUCUUUCUAAACUGAUCGAUGAAGACGAGCCCUUAUUUCUGAGCCUGAUUGAAGACCUUUUCCCAAGUAUUCAACUUGACAAGGCAGGCUAUCCAGAGCUCGAAGCUGCUAUUAGCAAACAGGUUGAAGAGGCUGGCUUAAUUAACCACCCCCCGUGGAGACUGAAAGUUAUCCAGCUGUUUGAGACGCAAAGGGUGAGGCAUGGCAUGAUGGCUCUGGGUCCCAGUGGUGCCGGGAAAACAACAUGCAUCCACACACUGAUGAAAUCGAUGACAGACUGUGGGCAGCCUCAUCGUGAAAUGAGAAUGAAUCCUAAGGCCAUCACUGCACCACAGAUGUUUGGACGCCUCGAUGUCGCAACCAAUGACUGGACAGAUGGGAUUUUUUCCACUCUUUGGAGGAAAACUUUGAGAGCUAAGAAAGGGGAACACAUUUGGAUAGUUCUUGAUGGUCCCGUUGAUGCAAUUUGGAUUGAGAACCUGAACUCGGUGCUUGACGAUAACAAAACAUUAACGCUUGCUAAUGGAGAUCGGAUCCCUAUGGCACCAAACUGUAAAAUUGUCUUCGAGCCUCAUAAUAUUGACAACGCUUCUCCUGCCACUGUGUCAAGGAAUGGCAUGGUGUUUAUGAGCUCCUCGGUUCUCAACUGGAGCCCUAUUCUUGAGGGCUUUCUGAAGAAACGCCCUACACAGGAAGCUGACGUUUUGCGUCACCUGUACACAGUGUCUUUCCCAGACCUCUACCGGUAUAGCAUCCAGUCCUUAGAAUACAAGAUAGAGAUGCUGGAAGCCUUUGUGAUAAUGCAGAGCAUUAAUAUGCUGCAGGGCUUGAUCCCGUACAAGGAACAGGGUGGAGAAAUAACAGCAGAGUACCUGGAAAGAUUGUAUAUCUUCUCCUUGAUGUGGAGUGUUGGGGCACUGCUGGAAUUGGAAGACCGUUGCAAAAUGGAGCACUGGCUUCGGAAUCACGAAACCAUAAAACUUGACCUCCCCAACAUCCCGGAAGGAAGUGAAGACACUAUGUUUGACUACUAUGUUACCAAUGAUGGCAAAUGGAUGCACUGGAAUACUUGCAUUGAUGAGUAUGCAUAUCCCACCAGCAGCACGCCAGAGUAUGGCUCCAUCUUGGUGCCAAAUGUUGACAAUGUGAGAACGGACUUCCUUAUGCAUACUAUUGCAAAGCAAGGCAAGGCAGUGCUACUAAUUGGUGAACAAGGGACCGCUAAGACUGUCAUCAUCAAAGGCUACAUGUCAAAAUAUAAUCCUGAAAGCCACAUGGCCAAGAGUCUGAACUUUUCAUCGGCAACAACUCCUUUAAUGUUUCAGCGCACAAUUGAAAGUUAUGUGGACAAACGCAUGGGCACAACUUAUGGUCCUCCGGCAGGAAAGAAAAUGACAGUCUUCAUUGAUGAUGUGAAUAUGCCUGUGAUCAACGAAUGGGGAGACCAGGUCACUAAUGAGAUAGUUAGGCAACUGAUGGAGCACAAUGGUUUUUAUAACCUGGAGAAGCCUGGAGAGUUCACCAACAUUGUGGACAUCCAGUUCUUGGCUGCCAUGAUUCAUCCGGGUGGCGGACGCAAUGACAUCCCUCAGAGACUGAAGAGGCAAUUCUCUGUUUUUAAUUGCACUCUGCCUUCUAAUUCGUCCAUCGACAAGAUCUUUGGUGUGAUUGGUGUAGGACAUUACUGCAGCCAGAGAGGCUUUGUGGAGGAGGUGAGAGCUACAGUCUCCAAGCUGGUGCCACUGACCCGCAAGCUGUGGCAAAUAACCAAGGUCAAGAUGCUUCCGACCCCUGCCAAAUUUCAUUAUGUGUUCAAUCUCCGAGACCUUUCCAGGAUUUGGCAAGGGAUGCUGAAUACCACCUCAGAAGUAAUUAAUGAAUCAAAUGUGCUCAUAAAACUGUGGAAGCAUGAAUGUAAGCGUGUUAUUGCCGACCGUUUCACAACUCCUGAGGAUGUCACUUGGUUUGAUCUGGCACUGGCAAAACUUGUUGAAGGGGAACUUGGCAGUGAUAAAAAGACCCUGGUGGAUCUUGGCACUGAUGCGUACUUUGUGGAUUUCUUAAGAGAUGCCCCUGAAGCUACAGGAGAGGAGCCGGAUGAAACAGAAGUUGACAUGCCUAAAAUAUAUGAACCCAUUGCCUCUUUUGAGCACCUGAAGGAACGUUUGAACAUGUUCUUACAAAUAUACAAUGAGAGUGUCCGUGGGACAGGAAUGGACUUGGUGUUUUUUGAAGAUGCAAUGAUUCAUUUAGUGAAGAUCUCUCGAGUCAUCCGCACUCCUCGUGGAAAUGCUCUGCUUGUUGGAGUUGGUGGGUCUGGAAAGCAGAGCUUGACUAAGCUGGCAUCAUUCAUAGCGGGCUACGAUAUGUUCCAGAUCACGUUAACAAGGUCUUAUAACACAUCCAACCUAAUGGAAGAUUUGAAGCAUCUGUAUAGGACUGCUGGACAGCAAGGAAAAGGCAUCAGCUUCAUCUUUACAGAUAAUGAGAUAAAAGACGAGGCUUUCUUGGAGUACAUGAACAAUGUCCUCUCUUCCGGAGAAGUUUCCAACUUGUUUGCCCGUGAUGAAAUAGAUGAAAUUACUGGUGAUCUCAUAUCGGUUAUGAAGAGGGAGCACCCACGCCGGCCUCCGACCAACGAGAACUUGUAUGAUUAUUUCAUGACUCGCGUGCGUCAGAACCUGCACGUAGUUCUUUGCUUUUCGCCAGUGGGUGAAAAAUUCCGGAACCGAGCUCUGAAGUUCCCUGCACUGAUUUCUGGUUGCACUAUAGACUGGUUCAGCCGCUGGCCGAAAGAUGCCCUGGUUGCAGUGUCUGAACAUUUCUUGUCCUCCUACGAAGUUGACUGCACCAACGAGAUCAAAAGUGAGAUGGUGCAGUGCAUGGGUUCCUUCCAGGAUGGAGUUGCCGAGAAGUGUGUUGACUACUUCCAGAGAUACCGUCGGUCUACACACGUGACCCCCAAAUCUUACCUGUCUUUUAUUCAGGGGUAUAAAGCGAUAUACAAGGAGAAACAUGCUGAAGUGCAAACGUUGGCCAACAGGAUGAAUACUGGACUGGAGAAGCUGAAAGAGGCCUCUGAAUCAGUAGCUGCUCUGAGCAAAGAGCUGGAAGCCAAGGAGAAAGAGCUGCAGGUUGCCAAUGAAAAAGCCGAUAUGGUGUUAAAAGAAGUCACUGUAAAAGCACAGGCUGCUGAAAAGGUGAAGGCGGAAGUACAGAAAGUGAAAGACAAAGCCCAGGCUAUUGUCGACAGCAUUUCGGCGGACAAAGGUAUCGCUGAGGAGAAACUAGAGGCCGCCAAGCCUGCCUUAGAAGAGGCUGAGGCUGCUUUGCAGACUAUCAAGCCUGCAGACAUUGCCACUGUCCGCACUUUGGGUCGGCCACCUCAUCUGAUCAUGCGCAUCAUGGAUUGUGUGUUGCUGCUGUUCCAGAGGAGGGUAAACACUGUCAAAAUUGACCAGGAGAAAAACUGCACCUUUCCCUCCUGGCAGGAGUCCUUGAAGCUGAUGACGGCCGGGAACUUCUUACAGAACCUGCAGCAAUUUCCAAAAGAUACAAUAAACGAAGAAGUAGUGGAGCUCUUGAGCCCUUACUUUGAAAUGUCAGACUACAAUAUUGAGACAGCUAGGAGGGUUUGUGGAAACGUGGCUGGCAUUUGCUCGUGGACCAAAGCGAUGGCUGCUUUCUUUGCAAUCAACAAGGAAGUUCUGCCUUUAAAGGCUAACCUGGCUGUACAAGAAAACCGUCUGGCCACCGCCAUGUUGGAUCUCGAAAAAGCUCAAGCCGAGUUGGAUGCCAAACAAACUGAGCUAGAUAUUGUACAGGCGGAGUAUGAGAAGGCGAUGAGAGAGAAACAGACGUUGCUCGAGGAUGCAGAACGCUGCAGGCACAAAAUGCAGACGGCCUCUAGUCUUAUUAGCGGGCUAGCCGGAGAGAAGGAGAGAUGGACUGAUCAAAGUAAAGAAUUUGCUGCACAAACAAAGAGGCUUGUGGGGGACGUGCUGCUUGCCACAGCCUUUCUGUCCUAUUCCGGUCCUUUUAACCAAGAGUUCAGAAAUCUGUUGUUAACCGGUUGGCAAAAAGAAAUGAAAACCAGGAAAAUCCCAUUUGGAAACAACCUGAACCUCACAGAGAUGCUGAUAGACGCUCCCACGGUCAGUGAAUGGAACCUCCAAGGGCUGCCAAAUGACGACCUGUCUAUACAAAACGGCAUCAUAGUCACAAAAGCAGCUCGUUACCCUUUGCUGAUUGACCCGCAGACUCAAGGCAAGAUCUGGAUUAAAAACAAGGAAACCAGGAAUGAACUUCAGAUCACCUCUCUAAACCACAAGUAUUUUAGAAACCACUUGGAGGAUAGCCUAUCUCUUGGAAGGCCGCUGUUAAUUGAAGAUGUUGGCGAAGAACUGGAUCCAGCUUUGGACAAUGUACUGGAAAGAAACUUCAUCAAAACAGGCUCCACAUACAAGGUAAAAGUCGGGGAUAAAGAAAUGGAUGUAAUGAAUGGCUUCAGACUUUAUAUUACCACCAAACUUCCGAAUCCAGCAUAUACCCCCGAGAUUAGUGCUCGUACCUCCAUUAUCGAUUUUACUGUCACUAUGAAGGGUCUAGAAGACCAGCUUCUAGGGAGAGUCAUUCUAACAGAAAAACAGGAGCUGGAGAAAGAGAGAACGGAUCUGAUGGAAGAUGUGACUGCUAACAAAAGAAAGAUGAAAGAACUGGAAGAUAACUUGCUGUACCGGCUGACAAGCACACAAGGCUCUCUGGUGGAAGAUGAGAGCCUCAUCAUUGUACUUAGCAACACAAAGAAGACAGCAGAGGAGGUGACACAGAAAUUGCAAAUUUCGGCAGAGACUGAAGUACAGAUUAAUUCAGCCCGAGAGGAAUACAGACCUGUUGCAACAAGAGGCAGCAUUCUCUAUUUCCUGAUAACCGAGAUGAGUAUGGUUAAUGUCAUGUAUCAGACUUCACUCCGACAGUUCUUGGGCCUGUUUGACCUUUCCCUUGCUAGGUCUGUCAAGAGCCCCAUUACGAGCAAGAGAAUAGCAAAUAUCAUUGAGCAUAUGACCUAUGAAGUAUAUAAGUACGCUGCACGAGGGCUUUACGAGGAGCACAAGUUCCUGUUCACAUUGCUCCUCACCUUGAAGAUUGACUUACAGCGGGGCAAAGUGAAGCACGAGGAGUUCUUGACCCUGAUUAAAGGUGGUGCUUCUUUGGAUCUGAAAGCUUGUCCACCUAAACCAGCUAAAUGGAUCCUGGAUAUGACUUGGCUGAACUUGGUGGAGCUCAGUAAACUGAGACAAUUUUCAGACGUUCUUGACCAAAUCUCACGAACAGAAAAACAGUGGAAAAUCUGGUUUGAUAAGGAGAAACCAGAAGAAGAACUUGUUCCCAGUGGUUAUGACCAAGCUCUGGACUGCUUCAGACGCCUCCUCCUCAUAAGGUCUUGGUGUCCUGAUAGAACGAUAGCUCAGGCUAGGAAGUACAUUAUGGAUACCAUGGGGGAGAAAUAUGCAGAAGGGGUCAUCUUAGAUUUGGAGAAGACUUGGGAAGAAUCCGACCCCCGCACUCCUCUCAUCUGCUUCCUUUCCAUGGGCUCCGAUCCCACUGAUUUCAUCAUUGCUCUGGGGAAAAGGCUGAAGAUUGAGACGCGCUAUGUGUCCAUGGGCCAAGGGCAGGAGGUUCACGCCCGCAAACUUCUGCAGCAAACUAUGGCACAUGGUGGAUGGGCACUUUUGCAGAAUUGUCACCUGGGUCUUGACUUUAUGGAUGAGUUGAUGGACACGAUUGUUGAAACAGAAAACGUUCAUGAGGCCUUCCGUCUGUGGAUGACUACGGAGGUCCACAAGCAUUUCCCCAUCACCCUUCUACAGAUGUCUAUAAAAUUCACCAAUGAGCCUCCCCAAGGACUCAAAGCUGGUCUGAAGAGAACCUAUGGAGGUGUGAGUCAGGAUCUGUUGGAUAUCAGCAACAUGGUUCAGUGGAAACCGAUGCUGUAUGCUGUAGCCUUCCUACACUCCACGGUCCAGGAAAGGAGGAAAUUUGGACCUCUGGGAUGGAACAUUCCUUACGAGUUCAACCAAGCUGAUUUCAAUGCCACAGUACAGUUUGUUCAGAACCAUUUGGAUGACAUGGACAUCAAAAAGGGUGUGUCUUGGAAUACUGUUCGUUACAUGAUAGGGGAGAUUCAGUAUGGUGGCAGAGUUACAGAUGACUACGACAAAAGGCUGCUCAACACAUUUGCUAAAGUGUGGUUCAGCGAAAACAUGUUUGGCCAAGACUUCUCCUUCUACAAAGGUUACAGCAUACCCAAGUGUGCUGCACUGGACCAGUAUCUUCAGUACAUACAGGGGUUGCCUGCUUACGAUACGCCAGAGGUCUUUGGGUUGCAUCCCAAUGCUGACAUUACUUACCAGAGCAAACUUGCAAAAGAUGUGUUGGACACCAUCCUCAGCAUCCAACCCAAAGACAGCUCCAGUGGAGGAGGUGAGACCAGAGAGGCCGUGGUUGCUCGAUUGGCUGAUGAUAUGGUGGAGAAACUUCCUCCUGACUACAUUCCAUUUGAGGUAAAGGAAAGGCUGCAGGAAAUGGGCCCAUUCCAGCCUAUGAACAUCUUCCUGCGACAGGAGAUUGAUAGAAUGCAGAGGAUUAUUGCUCUGGUGCGGAACACUCUGACAGACCUCAAACUUGCCAUUGAUGGGACCAUCAUCAUGAGCGAGAACCUCAGAGAUGCUUUGGAUUGCAUGUACGAUGCAAGGAUUCCUGAACGCUGGAGGAAGGCAUCCUGGGCUUCCAGCACUCUCGGAUUUUGGUUUACUGAGCUUCUUGAAAGGAAUCGACAGUUUCACUGUUGGAUUUUUGAAGGGCGACCGAACUGCUUUUGGAUGACAGGGUUUUUCAACCCACAAGGAUUUUUAACUGCAAUGAGACAGGAAAUUACCCGAGCGAACAAAGGAUGGGCACUUGACAGCGUCGUUCUGUGCAAUGAGGUCACCAAGUGGAUGAAGGAUGACAUCACAGCUCCUGCCUCCGAGGGCGUCUAUGUCUAUGGCCUCUAUCUAGAAGGAGCAGGAUGGGACAAAAGGAACAUGAAGCUAAUAGAAUCAAAGCCCAAGGUGCUCUUCGAACUGAUGCCCGUGAUAAGGAUAUAUGCAGAAAACAACACCUCGAGAGAUCCACGCCUGUACUCCUGCCCAAUCUACAAAAAACCAGUUCGGACAGAUCUGAAUUAUAUCGCCGCAGUGGACCUCCGGACCACCCAACCUCCGGAGCAUUGGAUAUUGCGUGGAGUUGCCCUUCUGUGUGAUGUCAAGUAAUGUUAAGAGAAUACCUGCAUGUUCUUAAAGUGUUGCCACCCACCCACCCACCCAAGGCUUUUAGAACAGCCUUUUCCUUCACAUUCUUCAUUUGAACAUCCACAUCACAAGGAAAUAGCUAGGUGACUGGUCACAGGGUUGCUUGUUGCUUUUUAAAAAUCAACUAUAUCAAGAGUAUCUCUCUAUUCUUCUACUUUGACUUUCUUUCAAAGGUUAAUGGGCUUGAUCAAAUUUCCCAGAACUAGAAAGCUCGCUGAAUACUUGCUCUCAUUCAUCUCUAAGGGGCUUUAUUUUUUUGUCACUGAAGUGUGCUUGUAAACAUCAAGUUAAGUGACUAAGUAUAUACGCAGAGCAAGCUAUCUGGCACUGUGGCCCACUAGUGUGAUAAAUAAAUGGCAAUUUCUAUAGAGCGAAAAAUAUAAAAUGGAGUGCCACUUUCCACAUAAAAUGUACCCGCCAUAUGCACAGCAGUUUAAACCGACCCGUCAGUGUUGUCAAGGCUGGUUUGCGAUGGUUCUUCAACUAGCCCUGGCUUGGGGGUCCUUUCUGGGACACUUGAAAUUCAUGGGCUACAAUUCAGAAAGAGCUGCAGCCCUAUUGAAAUCAAUCAGGAGUUAAGUUAUGAACAAACAGCCUCUGGAUUAUACCUACUCUCCCUGACAUAAUUAUAGGGAAUGGAGUCCUUAAGCAAAGUUCUGGAAUGUUGUACCAGAAUUACUGAAGGUCCCAAAAUGGGGAAGGGGGACGCUACCACCAUCUCUUUCAUUUUAUUUUCGUAUCUUCGCUCUUUAUCAUUCCUAUCCUGUUCUCCUUUUCAAACCUCUCUCACUACUAGUGUAGUUAACAUUUCAUGUUUGGAGUCAGCUGAAGAGAAAUGUAAAUCAUGCCAAGCAAUUUGACUCUGUCACACUCCAUGUCAAAUCGUAUUUCUCAAUUGUAAGCUACUCGGUGAGAGUGUCUAGAAUUUGUUUUAAAGCAUCCUGCCUCAGUCUCAAUGAAAGAAAAGUCCAAAUCUCAAAUGUGUUUUGAUUAUAUUUUAAAACUUCCAUGUAUGUAAGCAGCCCGUGGAUAGAAUGAAACCCAUUAAAGUUAAUGUGCAGUGUUUUUGUUCAUAGGCACCAAAAUUCAAAACAUUUUUUUAUGCUCCUUGUCUUUGGUUUUUCCAUCUCAUUGCAGAAUCAAAUAUUUGAUAACCCUAGGCAGCCCUCAAUUUUUCAGUGGUUCAGUAUAUGAGUUACAUGACUCUCCUUCCUUGGAGGUUUUUAAGCAGACGUUGGCUGGCCAUCUGCCAGGGGUGCUUUAGCUGAGAUUCCUGCGUUGCAGGGGGUUGGACUAGAUGACCCUUGGGGUCCCUUCCAGCUCUGUGAUUCUGUGACUACAAAAUGCCUCUGCCUUAAACCUUGGAGGGUUUAAGACCAGUCGAUAGAUAAUAUUGGUCAGAUAGACCAGUGGUCUGACUUAAUAUAUAAGGCACAUUACAUAUGCAGAGUAAAGCUCUGAAAUGCAUGGAUAUUGUUCAAAUGUCCAGGAGCCAAACUGAGACAAGACAUGGCUGAUACAUGACAUUUCACUGCCCUCCAGACUUCAUUCUCCCAUAGCAACAGUUUAGUGAUCUUCUUAAUCUGAAUACCUAUAUAAAAAAACCCUAGUCUUCCCUCUCUUGCUUUCCCCUGUUCCCCUAUAUGCAAAUUCUUUCAUGAUUUGAACUUUUGAAAUGGAAUAAAUAUUGCAAAACACUUCAUGGAAAUGUGCCUAAUUGAUUCAGAGCGAGUUGCUGUGUUAUCUUGGCAUAGAGCUUAACCUUCCUGAGGGUGAAGGGUGAAGAAUUACUGGUUCUUUUGUAUUGAUUAGUGAUCUUUAAAGACAUUGACAAUGGAGAGCAGCAUAAGUUAGUCACACUUUGUAAAUGGAUUCACUUGACACUGGACUCUGCUGGCAAAAUAAAUUCUGAAUGAGGACUGCAUUCAUCAUUGUAAGGGGUGCUGCAGUGGUUAGCAGAUAUUUUCACACCCAGAAAAUAUUUGCAGGUAGUGGAAAAACUAGCCCCCCCAGGAUGAAAGUGACUUGCAUAUAUCACAGGAGAACAUCAAGAGCUAGAGCGACCAAACAGAGGAAACACUGCUUUUUAUAUGAACACAAAUACACAAUCACGAAUUUGUAGGAAUCUAACAUUUCCAUUUAUGAUUAUGCGCGAAAGAGAAGUCUUUCCUUUUACAAAAAAUGAACGCUGGAAUCUGUUUUCGAAUCACUGAUUGUAAUUGGCGUGUUGAUAGUGAUUGACAUUGCAGAAUGCCAUUUGUGCGCUUGUGGAAAGCAUUUAAAUACAAAGUCAAAUUUAUUUAUAUUAGAACACAUUUGAAGAAGAAUGCGAACAGAUUUUUGUUUAUUCCAGCAGUAUGGGAUGUUGCAGAUUGCACUGGCAAAUCUGCUUUGAUGGUACCGGACAAGAGCAAGUCCUUUUUAGAAAGUUUCUAUUGCCUGUUUGUUAUUUAGGCAGGCAGAUAAGGAAUCAACAGCUCCUGUUCUAGAUAACCAGGCAGAUGUUCUUGAUCUGCAUCAGGCCUGGAGAGCUUGUGACUCACCAGCCGAACACAAAUUGUGUCCUCCCUAAAUGAGGGCACGUGUUGCGGUGAGACCUGGAGGCUGACCUCCUGGUUGUGGGUGGGUUUAUUGGAUAGCCACAACACCCGAUUGGUAGGUCCCUCAUUGUUGGGUGUAAUCUGGCCAAUGGGUGCAGUGUAAAACGAUUGAGAGACCUAUAUAUAAACCUAUGCACGUGUCCCAGAGCUUACUCUUUCAGCUUCUGCAUCGGGGCACCCGCCCACCUCUCCCUAUUUUUGGAGCAUUUUUCGUUUGACCUUGCUAUGCUGUCAUGUGUCGCCUGUCGUUGGGACAGGGGCACAGCAGGAAUUUCCCCCACUUGGCUGAUUGGUUGUGGCCAUUUGGGUUUCACCUGCCACAUAGCAUUUCAUCACAACUUGUAAGGUUGCGGAUAGGCACUGGUUCAUGUGAUAGGGAUGGGGGAACGGUCUCGCCAUCCCUAUGUGAAGGGUAUUCCGUUAAAGAAAUCCAGGGACUCAACUUGGUUUGGUAAACCCCUGAGAGGGGUUGUGCCCGUGCCUGAGUCCAGGGGAGCAAACAGAGUCUGUUCCGGGGCUUCCUAUCUACCUCAGGUGUUCACCCUUGGCUGACCUAUGAUGGAGCUCUGGGUCAGCGCUACCUGCAAGGGUUUAGGGAGCUAGUCGAACCAGAGCCUAUGCAACCACUCACUUUUCUGUAAUCAAUAAAGUUGUGGCCUAAAUUCUGCCAAAAAAUAAAAAAUAAAAUUUGAGUCAAAUGUGUCUUUAUUUAAGGGGGAGGUCUCUGGGUCUGAACACGAAACUAACCAACUAUGCAGUGUGGCCCACUAAGGUAUUGGGGGAAAAAGCCUAUUUGUGCCUGAGACUGCAAGAAAUUGGAGUUAUUAAGCACCUAACAGACCAAAGCGCAUGUCUGGUGUGUUGACCGGGACUUGGUGGGUCACCUGCUAUGCAAACCUCACAUGCCUGUAGCUCUUGGCUGCUUUCAAAAAAAAAAAUGCCCCCCUGCUUUCUCCCGCUCAGCUCCAAACAGAGAGUUUGGAAUAGAAAAAUCAAAGUGAAGGCUGUGCUUGAGCCUGCCCACAUGUGGUCUUUGAGCACAUUUCUUGCCUUUACUGCAUUUUUUUGAACAGCACAAGGAAAUCAUGGAGCCACAUUCUGCAAUAUGCUAUUUUCAAAAGCAACAUAUAGCUCUGAUCUUUACCUUCCCUUCACCUGUGAAUCACCACAAAUGUAUGUCUAAAGUUCAGGUAGGAAAUUCAUAUGCCAUUGAAUUCUGACUGCAAAUGACCUGUUUUACUCAAUAAUUGGGGGGGGGGGACGACAACCCAAGAAAUGUGAGUUUAUCUUGCCUUGAAUGUCAUGCAUUGAGUGAGAAUGUAAUUGUUAAAUAAUAGUGAAAAUGAGUCCACUUUUCUUUUCAGCAAAUUUGCUUUACUGCUCUUCUUUUCCCUUUUCCCUUUCUGUCACCUCUUGAUCUCUAUUCUCACCAUCCUUUGCCCCAUCUCAACAUUAAACUUGAUUUUUACUCAUCUUGUUUUGCCAUCCUUUCCUCAUUCCAUGGUUCAUUGUAUUCUGUAGUUAUCCCCCCUCCCCUUCAGGAGUUUGAAAAGAACCAAGAACAAUAUGUUAAAAAGCCAGGGUUUUGCUAACUUCUUAACCAAUUAAACUCUUGGUAAACUCUUGGUGAUACGGAACUGAUCAGUUGAGUCUAUUUAUAUGCCAUCUUUUCAUAGCGAGAGAUGCCCCAAACCAGCUUCCAACAAGCAUUCCAAAUGUCAAAAUACAGAGCAUGGGGGUGGGAGAAGUCAGUUAACAAAACAUAUCAAUAAAUUCAAAAAGGACAGAAAUCAACACAGAAUAUAUUCGAUACUACAGAAGAUAUAAGCUAGACUUAAAUACAAAGCAAAAUUAAAAAUUAAAAAUGUUGACCAUAAAAUUCUAGGUGCUAGUAAUACUGCGUCCCAGGGAAUGUCUCUGAACAUGAUGAUGAUGAUGAUCACAGACAACAUGGGACUAAUAAUGUUCUAACAAAAUAUUUCUAGCAUGUAUUAUUUCACAAUUCUUAAACAGAAAAUAUGUAACGGAGUCACAAAUAAUAGAAGUCAAUCAACAUUGCAUGAGCAAAAUUAGAAAAUGUAGCCAAUCAGUAUCAUAGAGGCAAACAAGCCUUUCAACAGUCACAAUCCUGUAACCGUAAUGGUAAUGGAUGCUCCAAACGUAGAACAGUUUUUCCGGAUGACGAACUGUUUUGAUAGUAACUCUUAAUAAUAAUAAUAAUAAUAAUAAUAAUAAUAAUAAUAAUAAUAAUAAUAAUAUUUUAUACCCGCCCUUCCCGGUUUAAAAAUCGGGCUCAGGGCGGCUAACAGCAAAUAUAAAAUAUUGAUUAAAAUAUGACUUAAAAACAGCAUAAAACACAACAUAAAAUGCAGCAUCAGUAUCAAUAAAAUUCAAAAAUUCAGGGGUCAUUUUGGAAAGAAAAAAACCCCAGUCAGUAAAUAUCAAAUGAUCACCAGGGCUAACUGGCCAAGUUGGUACUACUAGGGCCAGCAAGGGGACUAGAGAAGAAUUUAAAUGUGGGCUCCGAGAAAGGGUUUCUUCAUAGAAGAGGAAAGGGGGAAAGGGGAAUGGAGGAUCAGGCUAAUUCAAAUUGAAGGCCAGGUGGAAUAGCUCUGUCUUACAGACCCUGCGGAAGGAGAUCAAGUCCUGCAGGGCCCUAGUCUUGUGGGACAGAGCCAUAGCUGUCAACUUCCGGAUUGAAAAAUAAGGGAUCAGCAGCAGCGCAGCACCGGAAGUCGCUCAGACAUGGGCAGAGCGGCACCGGAAAUCAGUUCUGUGCAUGUCCAGACAUGCGCAGAAGUGACUUCCGGUGCCGGGCUGCCCGUGUCCGCAUGUCUGGGGCACCAGAAAUUGCUUCAGCACAUGCCCGGGCAUGCACAGAGGCAAUUUCCAGCAGCACUCGGACGGCAGGAGCUGCUUUCUUAUAAAUCCGGGGCAUUUACGGGAUAUUUUGCAAUUCGGGAUAACAGCGGGAAUUGGAUUUAAAUACGGGGGUUUCCCAUGAAAAACGGGAGACUUGACAACUAUGGACAGAGCAUUCUACCAGGUCGGAGCCAUCACUGAAAAAGCCCUGGCCCUGCUGGAGGAUAGUCUGGCUUCCUUAGGGCCUGGGACCUUUAAGCUAUUAUUAUUCAUGGACCUUAGGGUCCUCUGUGGGACAUACCAGGAGAGACAGAUAAAUCAGCAGAUAAAUGGUCCUAAGGGGGUACAUCAAGUAGCAAAGGAUCAGCACUCACUUAGAAGUUCAGCUUACUACACUUCUAAGUGAGUGCUGACCCUUUGCUACUCGAUGUACCUCUUAGGACCAUUUAUCUGCUGAUGAAUUUUUUGUCUCUUUGAUACUGAUUGACGACAUUUUCUAGUUUUGUUCAUGCAACAUUGAUUGAGUUCCAUUAUUUGUGACUCCAUUACAUACUGGUAUUUUCUGUUUAAGAAUUGUGAAAUAAUACAUGUUACAAAUAUAUUUUUAGAACACUAUCUGCCUGUGAUUACUCAGAGUUGUCUGUUUUGCAACACAGGGGAUAUCCUUUGGUGUAUAUCCCAGGGAACCUCAGCAGCCUAGCUUAAUUAAGAGGGGAGCAGACAUCUCACCAGGCUAUAUGACAUACACUUGGAAAAGUCUUCCUUCCUUUCAUUUUAUUCCUGGGUAGUUUACAACUUGCACAACAGAUCAAGAUCAUGGGUGACCAUUAUGAUAUAAAACUUCAGAUAAAAAAUUCCUCGCAAAGUUAUGGUAAUACAGGAGGAUAUCUAUGCGCUCAUUAGCAACUAUCCAUGUUAUAUCCACACCUUCCAAAAGCCUGGGCAAAGAGGGAUGACAUAAAGAACAGCACACCACAGGGCAUAUGGAGGUGAUUAAUUUUUUUAAUUGGCCUGGCUAAGUUCAACCACCCUAUGCAAUUGUUUAAGUACUUUGCUAAGUUUAACUCACUUCCUUCAGGAUCAAACAGCCUCCAGUAUUGCCAUGAUUUUGAAAGCUCCAAGGAGAAAUAUCCAAUUUUAAUGCAGUAAUAUAAGAUAGCAUUAUGGAUGGUUGUGUAUAGUGCCAAGGGUUUAUAUGAAUAAUUUCUGCAGGUCUGUAAUGGUCUGUAAUAUUAAUUACGAUAGGAUAUAACAAAUUCUUGAUACCGUACCUUAAUUCAAAUGCUUUUUCCAGAAACUCAAAAUCACCUGGAGAGAUUAAUACAAUGGUACCUCGCAAGACAAAUUUAAUUUGUUCCGUGAGUCAAUUCGUUUUGUGAAAAAUUCGUCUUGCAAAUCACGGUUUCCCAUAGGAAUGCAUUGAAAUUUCUUUUUUUUGAGGUUCCGGUUUCCGCUGGCAGGAAUGGCGGACCUGUUUUCCAUCCCUCUGACCUUCGUAAGGAAUUUGGCGGUUGCUAGGGGAGUAAAUGGCAACCCCCUACCCUCUCCGGGGGUUACGGAGAGGGGCCGCUGGCCCGCGAUGCCCCCAGACCCACUCCGACUGUUUAUGGAGUGGGGGGAGCUUGGGCUGAAAAGCACUUACGAGGGCCAGGACUCCCGGACGCUAAUCUGCAUGGCGGGGAUUUCCAUGGUUAAAGAAGAUAAUUAGGCUUAAAUCUAUGGACAUACUUCAGAAGGAGGGGAAGAAGCGCUGUUUACUGCUGAGAAAUUUAUGCUGCUGAGGGAGAGGAGUCAAAGGCUGUAUUUCAUCUGGAAGAAGGAUUGAUGGGGACGGAGCGAUAAGGGAAGUGAGUUUUUUUUAAUUUUUCUUCAUAUGAGUUACUUCGUACCUUCCCAGACGCGAUGUCCUGGCUUGUUUGGAGUGAAAGAGAAGCAAAAGACUGUGUGAGUUGAACUUUAUAAACUGUUGUUACUGAGCAUAUUUUUUAAAGAUGUGGAGUUGCCGAUGAGAAAAGCCCCCCCCCCCCUAGUCGGACGGAAGGAGUGCCUAGACGCGUUCGGAGGAUUUAUGAGCUGUGACGCACUUUGAAUUGGAGCAGCGACCUGAAGCUAAGUUCAGCUAUAGGGCAAGGAGAUCCAUUAAUUUACCAAGAGUUUAUGGUUUGAUGUUUGGGUCUUCUGCCUGGAAAAGCUGUAAAUUUUAUAAAGAUCGUUAAUCUACAUGGCUAUGAGAGAAAACGAAAGUGAUUUGAGCUUUUUAAGAUGGCGCUGCUUCGACGCAACAGGGAGCUCCAGACUAAGAAGAUUUAUGGGGAGGCUGGACUGAUUAACCCACACAGGAGAAAGAACAUCUGUGAAACCUUGUUUGAUAUUUAUCUCAGCAGCUGGGAAACAAUCGGUUGAAAGUGGAAAACAUCUAUGUGACUGUAAGGGGAAGAUCUGGAUUAUUAUGAACUUGGAGAGACGAUUUGAACUUUAGAAAAAAGACGGCAGUGGACGGUUGCGAGGAAUCCCCAAUUUCUUGAAGCAUGGGAACCCAAAAAAAAAUUCUCUAGAUGAUUUGGCAUAACAUUCGGUUUGAUUGAUAUAUAUAUGUGUAUAAUUUGAAAUAAUGAAUGUGAUAUAAUUGGUUUUAAUUGGAAAAUUAAUAAAAAUAUAUAUUUUUUUUAAAAAAAAGAAAUUUCUUUUUUUGCCCAUAGGAACGCAUUAAUUAAAUUUCAUUGCAUUCCUAUGGGAAACCGCGAUUCGCAAGAUGAGUUUUUCGCAAAACGAAUUCGUCUUGCGAGUCACCAUCAGACCGCAAGACGCAUUCGUCCUGUGAAAAAUUUGUCUUGCAGGGCAUUCGUCUUGCGAGGUACCACUGUACCGCCUUAUCCUAUCUGCUGUAUCAAUACAAGGUGGCUUUUGAGGUGCUAAAUGUCUAUAAACAAUAUGUUGCGGUAAUCCCACCUCAGAAACCUUGCAGUGUUUCACUUUCCCCCAAUUCACUUUCACUGGGAUUGCAAAGACUCCAGUGCCAUUGUAAUGAAACUCUUAAAAGACAAACAAAACCCGCCCCCAUUGGAUAGGCAGGAGGAAAGUCCAUUAUUUUAGUAGAAUACAUGGAGUAUGAAAUGGUACACGUUAGGGCAGAAAGUUUUGCAUAUUGCUUAAACCCAUUUUGGGGCCAGAUGUUACAAAAGUAUGGAGGGUUAAAAUGCUGGAAAUAGCAGCUUUUGAAUUAAAACAGGUUUUUGUGUGUGUGCGCGCGAAAGUAUUCAGAGUGAAAUGAAAAACAUUUUCAUGGCAAAAGAUGUUAGCUGGAUGUUGUUGAAUGCUGACCAUACAAGAAGCAGCAGAUUUGAACAGGAGCUGUAGGAACUACAUCACAAAUAUUCUGCCUUUGUUGUGGGUAGUUUACCACUCCCCACACUCCAAGAAAUGAAGUAUCUCUCUCUCUCUCUCUCUCUCUCUCUCUCUCUCUCUCUCUCUCUCUCUCUCUCUAACGCUAAAAAGGAAAACUUCAUCCACUGCUAGUUUCUGCAGGAUUGUAAGCUUAAAAUAAUUCUAUAAUGCAAAAAUAUAAAAUGUAAAUAUUGAGGGGAAUCAGUGUCUAGUCCCCCAAGACCUCCUGCCAACAAUGUAAAGCUUCUGUUGACAUUUGUGUUUGUGUGUGGAUUAAAUAACUAUUCCUAUGUCCAAAAACAGGGAGAUGAGUGUAAUGAGUGUCCUUCACUACCUCGACAGCCGGCAAAGGAAGGGGCAGAGGAGGGAGAGGGACGAGAGGCUUCUCAGCAUUUCUUCCAGCUUUUAACUCUUUGCCGUGUUGGUCCUUGGGAUUCCGUGGCAUUAGCCGCAGAAUCAUGGUAAGCAGUGAAUGAUGUUAGGAAGGGAUUGCGUCCCCGAUGAUACAUUUCUAUUGCUGUUUAGAAUAGAUAGUGUGAAGCCCUUCCAUGUCUCUAUGCUGUGCGACAUGGCACUGAGUUCUUUUCUUUGGAAUUGCCAUCUUGUGUUCAUUCGCUUUUUUGGACAGUCCAUAAGAAGUUGUUACCAAAAUGAUUCCACUCCAAUUUUUUCUGUGUUGUCCUCUCACAUUUUUUUUCCAGACCUCGAUGACAGUGCUUUAAAAUAAAAUAAAAUAAAAUAAAAUAAAAUGCAAUUGCAGUGCUGAUCUGCCCAAUGUGAAUAGGCUAGGUCAGGCACCCCCAAACUGUGGCCCUCCAGAUGUUUUGGCUUACAACUCCCAUGAUCCCUAGCUAACAGGACCAGUGGUCAGGGAUGAUGGGAAUUGUAGUACAAAACAUCUGGAGGGUCGAAGUUUGGGGAUGCCUAGGCUAGGUGCUACUGGUGGGUUUUUUUUAGGAUAGUUGUGUCUUCAGUUGAAAGUUCAUUUCUUUCAAGUUCAGCCUGUUCUUCUAUUUCCUCUUUAGUAUAUCUGGAAGAUGAGGGGUGGAUUGCUCCCCAUGGCAAUUGGUGGGUAGAUAAAAUUACUCCUUCCCCUUAAAAGCAGUGAAUAAUAAUAAUUUUAUUUGCACACCCACGCCCAUCUGACUGGGUUGCCCCAGCCACUCUGGUGCUUAUUUUGCUAUAAGAAGGGGAAAUUAAUGGAUGGAAACGAUCUCUCAUUUGUCUCAUCCCUGUGUGAGCAGAAUCUGACAAAGAAUCGAUUCAUAUCCUUGCCUACCCUAUCCUGGAUGAUGCUUUUGGCCAUGAUUGUAGAGAGUAACAAUGGGAUGCAACAGAACCCCAGGGACAUUUCUGUCCUAUGUCAGUGUUCUCUUGAAUGACAGCAGGUUUCUACCACUGCCACCACCUUGAUUUUUUUAAAUAAAAUAAUAAUUGAAGAGAAAUGUGGAAAUGAACAGUAUUAAGUGCAGCUCUGGUAGAUUCUGAGUUAUGGGACAGGCCUUGUUUUGAAGGCAGGUCCACCUAAUGUGGUGGGUUAGACAGCAGCUUAAAGCACCAGUGUUGGAACAUGGAUUAGGAUUGAACCUUCAGAUCUUGGAGCCCCAUCCUGCCUUGUUCUUGGUUUGUCCUCUGCCAUUAACUUCCACGCAGCUACCUUCCCUGCUCAGCCUUGGGUGAUUCAUGGAACUGUGGUAGGCAAUGGGCAGUGUGGGUCAGAGUAUGGGACCUUUGUAUUUCAUGGGCCUUCAGCUGCCCAAAGAUCUUGACCCAGAGCCUCAAUUUGUGCAGCUGUUGUGUCUUCUCCCCUCUCUAAUAUUGUGGAGCCAUCUCAUAACAGACUCCUCCCUUUUGUUGGUUACCUCCCCGAUACAAGUUGUCACAAUGAGCUCAGAGAGUUGCCGUGGAAGUUUCCUUUCUCGUUGGCCCAGGCGGCAAAUCUCCCGACUUGUUAGCAUAAUAACAGAAGUAUUUCAAGUAGAAAUAAUGCACAAAUGAUUAGGUAAUGAGGAGAUGGUGAUGGCGGAAAUCACUGCUUAGAAAUUGUUAAAUGGCAAUACAUUCCCCCCAAACCCAGAUCAGACAGGCCAAGAAGAAUUUAAUUUUCUGCCCACUUAAAUGUACAUAGAAAUGUCUUCUUUUCGGAGUGCUAUUUCAUUGGCCAUCUAAUUGACUAGUAAAUAGAAACUUUAGCUUUCCUUUUUCCUACGCAGCUUGCAAUUUCUUCUCUGAUUUCUGCCUAAGUGUGCUUUGUGAGGCUUCGUUGAUGUGAUUCUGAACCCCGUAGCGUGUGGCAUGCAUACGGUAGCCAGCUAUGAUGUGUUACAAAUGCUCGGGAGAAGAAAAAACAUCAGCUUCAAGGCCUGUUAACUAAUUCAUGCAUUGUUUCAUUUUGUUUUAAAAUCUCUCUCUGUAGGCAUUGCUAAAAUGACUGUAAAUUCCUUUCCAGAUUGUGAACAAUAUAUGCAUUACAUUAUUGCAAUAGCGCAGCUCUCUGCUAGGGCACACAUGCAAGAGAACUUCUAGUGUGCCAGAAGAAAUAAAAGACUCCUGUGAUCCCAAAGUGCCCAGAAGAGACUGCCGCCCACAUCUCUGCAUGAUUUACUGGGAUUGCCUCUUUCCGAUCAGCCUCAACUCAGGGUGAUUGGAUCAUAUAAUCCCUCCCCAGGGAGGGGACAUAACCGACAUAGUCGAAUUACCUGCUUUCAGAAGAGGCAUGCCUAGAACAGUGACUUGUGCAGUUCUAAGGGCGCUUCCAGACAACCCGUUUCUUGUGCAUUCAUCCUCAUUGGUUUUGCAGGGAGAUUAGAUGACACUGGCUAUUCACAGAAUCGCAGACCUGAAGGGACACGAGGAUCAUCUGGUCCGAACCCCUGCCAUGCAGGAAUCUUUGGCCCAAUGCGGGGCUCAAACCCACAAUCCAGAGAGUAGGAGCCUCGUGCUCUACCGACUGAGCAACGAGCAUUCAUUCUGAUUUGCUUGCGGGGAGGUUAGGCAACAUUGCAUCAGCAACAUUGCAUCAUUUUCCCUCCCACAAAAACUUGGCUCUUUGGGGGGGAGCGGGUUUGCUGCGCAAGACCUCCUAAUCCAUUAUAAUGGUGCAAGCUGAAUUUGCAGGCGUGUGAUUGAAUACCACCCCAAAACAGUGACGGUCUGGAAGCACCCUGAGUUCUCACGGAAUAGCUCUCACUGUUUUUCUACAUUCCCACUAAUAUGUACUCAACCACCUGAGUUGGAAGCGAAGUAUAAGAACUUAAGGGGAUCAGGCCACAGCAGGGACUGGAUCAAGCCAAAGGCCCAUCUAGUCCAGCAAUCUGUUUUCACAAUGGCCAACUGGAUGCCUAUGGGAAGCCCAAUAGGAGGACCUAAGUGCAACAGUACUCUGUUUACUUAUGGUUCCCAGUGACUUGUAUUUAGUGGCAUUCAGCCUCCAACGAUGGAGGGAGAACAUAGCCAUUAUGGUUCGUAUCUUGGAGAGAAGACAACUAGGUUAAAGGGGUGAUGCCUUUCACAUCUCCAGAAAUAUGUCCCCACCCCCCCACCCCCCCGGUUACAUAGGUAUAAAACACUCAGAAUUUAGGACUGUAUAUGCCAUAGAGCACUGCAGGGGGCGGCUGGGGCCAGAGAAGUGAAUUAUGACUUUUAUUCUCUCUGAAGUUCCAAAACUCGCUCCUGUCCCUAGUCAGCACAAUUGUGCUCUAAUUCCAGGUUUGGUUGGAGCUAUGAACAGGAGCAGGCCUCCUAGAGACUGCAAAGUUUUGUUGUACAUUACACUAUACGUUUAAUGCACAUUCAAAGCACAUUCUUUCCCUCGGAGAAUUCUGGGCGCUGUAGUUUACCCGCUCAGAGAUUUACAAUUCCCAGCAGCCCUGAACAAACUAAAGUGCCCAUAAUUCGAAUGUGCUUUAUAGUGUGCACGCAGCCUUAUUCUCUCUAAGAGUGGAUGCUUUUGGAUACAAGAGUGAAGUUGUUUCUCCUGUUUUCAGCCAGGAAAAAGGUGUGCCUCGGCUAUUUAAACGUUUCAGCAACAUUGCUUAUUAAAAAGAGUUGCAUUGGUAGGCAUUUGUAUUUUUU